GAAGAGGCUCAGCACAGAAGGAGGAAGGACAGCACAGCUGACAGUCGUGCUCAGAAAGAUUCUGGAUCCCAGGCUCAUCUCCACGGAGAACACACAGGCAGCACAGACCAUGGGGGCCCCCUCAGCCCUUCCCUGCACACUGCACAUCACCUGGAAGGAGCUCCUGCUCACAGCAUCACUUUUAAUCUUCUGGAACCCGCCCACCACUGCCCAAGUCACAAUUGAAGCUGAGCCAACCAAUAUUUCCGAGGGGAAUGAUGUUCUUCUACUUGUGCACAAUUUACCCAAGAAUCCUGCUGCCUACAUCUGGUACAAAGGGCAAAUAAUGGACCUCCAAAAUUACAUUACAGCAUAUACAAUAGACACUGAAAGAAUUAUAUUGGGGCCUGCAUACAGUGGACGAGAAAGAGUAUAUUCCAAUGCAUCCCUGCUGAUCCAGAGUGUGAACCAGAAGGACGCAGGAUCCUACACCGUAAAAAUCAUAAAGCGAGGUUACAGGACUGAAGGAGUAACUGGACAUUUCACCUUAUAUGUGGAGACUCCCAAGCCCUACAUCUCCAGCAGCAACUUAAACCCCAGGGAGGGCAUGGAGACUGUGACCUUAUCCUGUUAUCCUGACACUCCGAACGCAAGCUACCUGUGGUGGAUAAAUGGUCAGAUCCUCCCUAUCAGUCCCAGGUUGCAGCUGUCCGAAAACAACAGGACCCUCAUUCUAUUUGGUGUCACAAAGCGUACUGCAGGACCCUAUGAAUGUGAAAUGAAGAGCCCAGUGAGUUCCAGCCGCAGUGACCCAGUCACCCUGAAUCCUGUCUAUGGUCCAGACAAACCCAGCGUUUUGUCUCCAGUCAAGUAUUACUACUAUACAGGAGAAAACAUCCACUUGUACUGCUUCGCGGACUCUAACCCACCGGCAGAGUAUUCUUGGACGAUUAAUGGGAAGUUUCUGCAAUCAGGACAAGAGCUCUAUAUCCCGCAUAUUACUACAGAGCAUAGUGGGAUCUAUGGUUGCUCUGCUCGUAACUCAGUCACUGGCAGCGAACGUUCCACAUACAAGAGGAUCAAAGUCUCUGCCAUCUGAUUUUGACAAACCUGACAAAAACAAGAAAUGGGGAAAGGAUUCCCUAUUUAAUAAAUGGUGCUGGGAAAAUUGGCUAGCCAUAAGUAGAAAGCUGAAACUGGAUCCUUUCCUUACUCCUUAUACGAAAAUUAAUUCAAGAUGGAUUAGAGACUUAAAUGUUAGACCUAAUACC